UCAACUUAAAGUCGUCAUGUGACAAUCCGAUGAUGUAAACAAAAGAGAUGCAUAUUAAAUAUCAUGAUGUUUGCAGAGACUUUUGGGUGACAUUACAGCCAGAAAUAUGUGAUAAAUAUAGAAUCAAAUAGAGGAGCAAUGGACGAGAGGAGAAGCUUGCUGAGCAGCAGAAGAGGCGAGAACGAACCACGACCAGGAAACGCCUUCAAAGUGAAAGUAGCUCAGGGAUCUAUACUUCUAACAGUGGCAUUGGAAAGACUUGCAUUUUACAGUCUAACAGGGAAUCUCGUAUUGUUUCUAAACAGUCUUCCAUUCAGUUGGAAAUCUUACAAUGCCCUUUAUUGUACUUUCGUUUUCCUCGGAAUAUCAUAUGUGUUGUCUUUUGUGGGCGGGAUAGUUGCGGAUACUUGGCUCGGGAAAUUCAAAACGCUUCUACUGUCCUUUAUAAUUUACUUAGUGGGAUAUAUUUUUUUGCCAGUGAUAACCUUUGAAAAAGAAACGUCACAAAAUACUACAUUUUUGCCGGAUAUUUGUGGAAAAAAUGACUUCGAUGAUGAUAAAAUGUAUGAGAUCAUUGCCAGUAAAGGCAAGGAAGAAACAGACUUAUUCAGCGAAAAUUGUGCAGGCCUAAUUUUUGGAGUCUUGACAAUAAUAGCAUUUGGUUCAGGAAUAUUCCGAUCUGUUAUAGCACCAUUUGGUGCUGACCAGGUGAGAGGAGAGGGUCCACAGACAAGUUUAGCCUUUUUUAACUGGUAUUAUUGGUCCAUCAACCUUGGAACUCUCAUUGCUUUAUCUGUCAUUACCUAUGUACAACAGGAUUUCAGUUUCUCUUAUGGAUACCUGUCUGCAAAUAUUUGUUUGGCUUUGUCUUGUAUUGUUUUCAUUACAGGAUGCUGGUCUUAUGUUUGUGUGCCAAAAACAGGAAGCAUUUUGACCAAUAUUUUCAAAAUUUUAUUCGAGUCCUGCCAAAGGCGGAAAAUAAAUAGACACAGAUUAAACAAUGUUGAACAAGUCAGCGCUGAUAUAUCAGACAUUCCUGAGCUUCCUUCUAGUGAGUCUUCCCCCUCUUUCCUAGACCGGGCUAAAUAUAGAUAUGGUGGAAGUUUCCAUGAGACAGCAGUAGAUGAUGUAAAACAAUUGUUAAAAAUUCUCUGUGUAUUUCUCACAACACUGCCUUACUGGAUGGUUUAUUUCCAGAUGCAGACAACAUUUGAACUUCAAGGAUUGCACAUGAAACUGCAUUUAUCACAUGCAGAAACAUUCAAAAUAUGUAACAAUAGUUUCCCAAAUUACACCCCCAACUCCAAUCCAAACAGAAGCACAGUAGUGGCAGCUUGGUUUACUCUAUUUGAUGUGAUAUUCCUCAUCAUUCUCUUGCCACUGUUUGACAGAGUUAUCUACCCUUAUUGGGCUCGGCGUGGGAAACCUGUUGGCAUGGUUUUUAGGAUUAGUUUGGGAAUGAUGUUUGCUACUUGUGCUGUAUUAGUAGCAGGGAUAGUUGAACUCUUCAGACUUAAAGCUGUUUGGAAAUAUCCAAAUGAAGAAUGUUGUAGCUCUACAAUCAACCAGACCAUUGGUCAUACUGUCUACAGAGCAGCUGACAUGAGUGUUUUCUGGCAGAUCCCACAAUAUGCUCUGAUUGGGAUCAGCGAAGUUUUUGCAAGUGUGGCUGCAUUGGAAUUUGCCUAUCAGAUGGCACCUAAGUCAAUGAAAGGGAUCAUCAUGGGAUUUUUUUAUCUUUUCACUGGGAUUGGCAGCUUGCUAGGAACGGGCACCAUGUUUGCCUUCAAAGGAACCUGGUUCUUUCAGGAAGAUUUUGGCAAUAUUAAUUGUCGCAUGCCAUGUAAUUCAGAUGGCAAAUACACGCGGUCAUGUCACCUGGAUUACUACUUCUUCUUUUUAGCAGGUCUAGAAUUUGUAGGAAUGUUUGUUUUUAUUGUGGUGGCACGGCUUUUAAAACUUACGCAGCAUCUAGUGGCUAUAAACAAACCGGCACAGCUGGCUGGGGUGCAUGAGAGGUCUUUCAGAGAUGAGAGAAGAGAUGGGCUAGUGUCAAGUGGGAGUCAGAGAGGGAACAGAUGAAAGGACAGCUUAAUUAAAGCUGAUGCUAUUUAAAAGAAAAAAAAUCCCACAGUGUUCAGUCAGGAUAUGUUAUUAAUCAUUUCAUACAGUGUAAUACCAACGAUAUGACAUGAUAUUUAGUGGACCUCUACAGAUAUGCAUAUUACUUUAUUUGUUUUCUUAAUUUUCAUGUUAAUGCAUUCCAUGUAGUUAUCUUGCUUUUCUAACAUUGAUAUAACACUAUUGUACAAUAAAUGUACAACAAAAGUCCAAAAAGUCAAAGGUUAACUACAAAAUUUAUUGGAUGUAAUCAUAUUAAUAGCAAAACUAAAAGUUAAUUGAGAGAUUUUGUUAAGUACAAAGAGAAAUCAAUGCAUAUUCACUGAUUCUGAGAAAAUUAGAAUAGUUUAAAUAGUUUUUGUAUCUUUUAAAUUUAUAAAAAUGUGUUCUUGAACCUUUUUGAUACGUGUAUCAUGCCUGUGUAUGUAUUGAUGUUUGAGGUGGAUGAGUGCAAUGUUCAAAACAAAUGUUUUUUUUCUGUUCUUGUCUUGUACAAAGAUGAAAUUAUUUUAAAUUUUAUCUUUUUCCUAUUUUUUUUUAAAUACACAGACAUUUAUUCAAAUAUAGUUAGGAUUCUGCAUAGCCCUAAAUUUUACCAUUUACAUGUAUGUACAUGUAUACGUAUACAAUUAAAGGUCACAAACAUAAAAUUUGAAAGUGCACUGAAAUUUUUUCCUGAAAAAGAGGGAUAAUGUUGGAUGAAAUGAAAUGAAUUUUUUUUUUCAAAUAAACAAUUAAAAGGAGAAGAAUUUUUAUUUCUAGUGUGGGAUGUUUUAAGAAAAAAAUCAUUAAAUUAAAACAAAAGGCUUUGGUACUGAAACAAUUCAGAUGUUAUAAAUACAUGCUAUUCAUUUAAAAAAAAAACUUUUUUCCAGAAUAAAUUCCUUGUUUGUGUUAAUGAUCAGAUGACCUACUGGGUAUGAGAGAUUGAAGCCAUUAAUGAGUAAUGGCUGUAUAUCUACAUUAUUGCAUCUCCUUAUGAAGUGAUCUGCAGUUAGUCAUAAUGAUGCUAAGAGCAGUUAUAAAUGAAAUAGGAGUUGUAUAUGCAUUAGUCAUCUCAGUAUUAAAUUUAGUAACCCAAACUUACGAAAAUGUGCAUUAAGUAAGUCUAAAAUAUCAUUAGGUAUUGUAUUCAUACCUAAUGAUUUUGGACAUAAUUAUACAUGUAUAUAUAUAAUAGGGAUGGCAUUUUGUAACCGGUUAACCGAUUACUCGGUCGGAACGUUUGUAAUUGGUUAGUCGAGAAAAAUAAAAUAUAUGUAGAUCUGAAGGCAAGUUUUUUUUUUAUAAAUUCAUAAAGAAAAAAAAAGAAACCUCUGCAUAAAUGUUGAUAAUUUAGCAUUUUGACAAAGAUUUGGAGGUAAUUACUGAGACCAUGGGGGUAAUUGCUCUGUUUGUGAAAUGUUAAUUUGUGUUUGAACACCAUAUCGCUACCCCAACUGUUCAAUUUCAAUUCCAUUCUUUAUUCACUCGGGACCAGAUCACUGGUACAAGAGGUACAUAUAUGCAAACAAAAAUUACGAUCAAGGGUAAAAAAAAUAGACAAGUAUAUAAAGAAAACAGAAAAGAAUGAACUAAACAUAUAAUCAGUUAUAUAUAUGGAGGAUUCAAGGACAGACAGUUUUGAAAAUUUUCUUAAUAAAUUUUGACAAUGAUUUUUGUAUUUCUACAUUAUUUGUGUUCAUUACUUCAUUAAAUUUGAAAGUGUUAGGAUUUUUAGAAUAUCUUUUUUUUGGAGAAACUUUUUUCUGUCAUUCGAAAAGAACUUACAAUCCAUAACAUAAUGAAAUUCAUCACCAAUAGUUUUACAAUCACAAAUGGUACAUAUUCUUAAAUUUCUAUCAAUAUUAUUCCAUCUACCUGUCCUAUAAUUCUUUGCUGAUAUUUAUCAAACAUUGUAAAUUAAAUGAUACUUCAGACUUCGUUCUGAUUACGGUGACAGUGCAGAAUGAACUCGUGUGUCAUCUGCUCUGGAAAUUAUCGGUGUCUGAAUUCUCAAGCCUUUUUUUUUAUGGUUUUCUUAAUUUCUUCUUGUCUAUUGAGAAAUUAAAACACAUAUACUUGUAAAUUUCUGCUCAAGAUAAACAGGAUGUUUCUAACUUGUAUCUCCUUUUUCAGUUUUCUUGCGUAUAUUAAUAGAGCUAUGUAAAAAUAAAUAUGUCCAAAAUGUGUUUUGAGCCGGUCGGGACGUCUUGUAGUUAACCGAUUAGCAAUUCUGUAUCUGU